CUUCGUUGGCGCCGUCUUCGUGAGGUACGGACCGUAAAACGGACCUUUGCGUUGCCUUGAAAACGUGAGUGCGGACACUCUGUGUGACGUCUACGAGACGCAACGGUACCAUCUUCGUGAGGUACCGACAUCGAAAACGUGAGUCUUUGUGCCGCCUCAGAAACGAGUGUGCGGAUGCUCUGUGUGACGUCGUAAGCCUAGACGCUCAGCUGGAGGUGAAAACUGUGUGUACGCCUAGGGAGACGCCUAGACAACCCCGAAGAUGGCAGACGGCGGCGGAACUCACGAAAACCAACUGAUGCAAGGUCUGCUGGAGCAAAACCGGCCGUUACUGGAGCUCCUCGAGAGGAAACCUGAAGCGUUCCAUGUUAUGCCAGACCUGAAUAAAACUAUCCACGAUUUCGAUGGCGAGGGCUCAUCCCACGAAGCCGGGGCGUGGCUGAAGAGCAUCGAUUCCAUGGCGGUCCUGCGCGGCUCGCCGGACAGUUUCAGGCUUCUGCAUGGAUAUCAACCAAGGAUGCAGGAUGGUGUCCUCAGAUGUCUAAACACGGAGAAUAACGAGUGGGUAUGUGCGGAGCAACUUCAAGAGAUGGCUCAAAAGGAAAUAGGGAGCGAGCAAGAAAAGUCGAAGCAGUACUUUGACAAGCAUCACUUCACAGCGGACAAGCUGAGCAAUGGAGACAUAGUGGUCAUGCGCUGCGUUCCAGAGCACACCGGCGCCCCAACAAAAACACAGAAGUUCAGAGGUCCACUGAUUGUGAUUGAAAUACUCCCAGCGGACACCUACAGAGUGAUCGAGAUGAACGGAAAGAAAAGGGUCUACUCGACUACCACCAACAUCAGCCAACUAAAGAGAUGGGGUGGAAGAUGCCAAGAACUGCCCGACAAAUCAAGCACCGACGAGGAAGACAGCGUGCCGAGACGUAGCACGCGUCUGUCCAAAAGACCUUUUUAUCUUCGGGACUAUAUACCGUGUAGACUGACAGUUCGCUGUCAGAAUGGCCGAGUGUUAGCGGAAUCGGAAGAGAAGGCUGGCAACAUAGGAGAGAGAGGUGGCGGCUGCGAAUGA